UGGAAGACUGAGUGUUUUUUAAUAUGUAGCUGUCAGUGGGAGGGGAGGUUAAAACCUUUCACUUUAACCUUAACUCCAAAAUCUUUUAGGAAAACAUUUCAAUAUUGGUUCGGGGAAAAAAGAAAGACGAGUCGAGGGGCAAAGGUGUGUUGCGUUUAUGGAAAUAUGAUCCAUGCCCCUGAGUCCUUUAUAAGAGUGUCUCACCUCACCUGCACAGACACAGGAAGAGAGCAGCAAUUUACACCUGGAGCUUCAGAGAACUGCAACUACAGACUGCACCAUGCGCUUCCCCACGCUGUUCAUCCUGCUGAUCCUAUCUUGUCUUUGCCUUGCACUGGCACAAACAUCUUUUGACGACUGCUGUUUGAAGUAUGUGAAAAGAAUGAGCAAACGCACUCAACUACAUGCAGUGAAAUACAGACACCAGGUGACAGACGGAGGUUGCAACAUCGCUGCUGUAAUCUUCACCAUGAGGAAGGGGGUUGAGUUUUGCACAGACCCCAGAGACCCAUGGGUCAAGAAUCUGAUGAUGAAGAUUGAUGAAAAAAGACAAAACAAGGGCCGCAUCAGGAAACACGGGAAGCCUCAAAGGUCGCCCAGAGGCUGAGGGUGACCGCCUGCGACAACGGCCCCAAGUCGUCUUUCUUCAAUCUGCCAAAUCUUGUCAAGCAACACAUGGUUUUAUGGUAUCUUACUGGAAGACAGUUGAAGAAGCUGGCCAAGGAAAUCUUGUAGCAUUACUUUUGCUUUCACUCUGCAGUCAGAUAAAGGUCAAAGCUUGGGUAGAAUCACAGCAACACCUGUCGUUCAGUGUUGGACUGCUAAUGCUGACUGGCCACCACACACAUAUAAAUGCCUUCCAUGGCAAGGCUGCUUCAAUGAGAAUAUUUGUGACUGUUUUCAUGAGGUAUUCAAUAAGCUGUUUAAUUCACGGUGAUGGAGUGUACAUGAUAAUAAUACGUAUGUAAUAUUUAGAGUAUUUCUUGCAUGAUAUGUCUAAAUGUCCAGCCUAUACUUGUUAAAACACUAAUUGUUAAAUGUAAAUGCCUUUUUGAAAUGUUUGACAUAAAAAAGGAGAAACUCCUGUCUUAAUUUCUUCUAAAUAGUUCAAAUGUCUGUUUUUUUCCCCGUACAUUUUGUGUUUUAUUACGUGAAAACAUUAUUACAAUAAACUUUCUUCACGUCCCUCUCAG